CUCUUGCCUUGACUGGCAGGUAAUCUUGGCAGUGCAGAGGAGGAUUCCUGCUCUGCUGUAAGGGCCUGCCUACAGUGACUUGGCUCGACCCAAAUUAUUCCUCUGCAGUCACAGUGGAGUAAUUUCUGGGUUGUCGCUGACAGCGUGUCUUAUGUCUGUGUGUGUGUUUGUGUGCUGAGUGUGUGUGUGUGUGUUAAAAAAGGCAAGAAGUUCACCCAGCUUUCUUUACUGUUCAGUGAGCCAUGAGUUUUGUCUUUGGUAAUCUGAGGGCAGAGUUCUUAGUGAGGUUUUUCUGUUUUUGUAGGAUUUAACAGAUUGUUUCACUGAAAUUCUUAAUUUCCAACCUUUUUCAUUUCUUUUUCCCAGAGUCACACAAUGCGUGUUGCUGUCUGUGAGGUGCUGGGAGAGAUCCUUGUGAGGGUCCUGUGCGGUGAUGGGCUAGAUGAGUCCGGUAGAGCUGACCGUGACCGUUUCUUUGACACACUGCAGGAGCAUCUGCAUGACUCGCACUCUCAUGUCAGAACACGUGUACUGCAGGUCUACACACGCAUCGUCAAUAGCAAAGCGCUGCCCCUGUGUCGGUAUAGCGAGGUGAUGGAGCUUGCUGUUGGACGGCUGAUGGACAAAUCUAUAAAUGUGGUUAAGAGUUCCAUCCAACUGCUGGCUGCCUUCAUAGCACACAAUCCUUAUAGCUGCAAGCUGAGCAGUGCAGAUCUGAAGAAACCACUGGAGAAGGAGACUUCUAAACUCAGAGAAUUGAAAGAGAAACUGGAGGGGACAGCACCUGGUAAACAAAACCUGAGUGAUUAUUCACAAGUAUUGCUAUGAAUCUCCCCUGAUGUUUUAUUUUAUUAUUUAAGACUAAUUCACAUUUUGCCCUGUGAUGAGACCAAGGCGAAUAUGAGCUUGCUGAAUGAGAGCUGGGUUCCUCUUGCCUUGACUGGCAGGUAAUCUUGGCAGUGCAGAGGAGGAUUCCUGCUCUGCUGUAAGGGCCUGCCUACAGUGACUUGG